AUGCCGAGGGCAAAGGGGCCCGCCUUCUACGCCGUGUCGAAGGGCCGCGUUCCAGGAGUAUAUCUGACAUGGGAUGAAUGUGAGGCUCAGGUCGUUGGAUAUCCUGGUGCUAAGCAUAAAAAGUUCACCACCGCCGCAGAGGCGGAAGCUUGGGUUGGCCUCCCUGCCUCUGGCUCGGGAUCCGCGUCGGGAAGUCGGAACGUCCCUUCGGUGACUACGCACACCGCGCAGGUGAUAAAACCACACAGCAAGGUUGACUCUAAAGCCGCACUAGCCCCGUCAUCCUCGUCCAAAGUGCCAAGUGCCUCAGACAGCGCUAAGAGCGGGAAGAACAGGAUCACGGCUGAGACCCUCAAGGAUGAGAGUUUGUGGGACAUUGUCUACUCUGACGGGUCAUGCAGAGGCAAUGGCAAAGCUGGCUCUAUCGCUGGUAUCGGCGUUUGGUGGGGCAGGAACGAUGCAAGAAAUCUCGCAGAGAGGUGCCCUGGUGUGCAGACGAAUAAUCGAGCCGAGCUUAUAGCCAUCGUGCGCGUCCUCGAGACGGCCCCUCGAAAUAAACAUCCGCUUUUGAUCAAGACAGACUCAAAGUACAGCAUCAGCUGCUUCCAUGAUUGGCUCCCGAAUUGGAUCCAGAAUGGUUUCAUAGGGUCUAAAGGCGAGCCAGUGAAGAACGCACCCCUCAUCCGCUACAUCUCCACGCUUAUUGACGAGCGCGGGCUGGCCGGCCAGAAGAUACACCUUCAGCACGUGCGCGGGCAUACUGGGGAAGAGGGGAAUGAGGGCGCGGACCGCCUGGCGAACCGUGGUGCGUUGAUGCCUGAGGAGCCCGAGCGUGACUGGGAGACACUCGAAGAAGAAGUCUUAAAGCGCUCUCGCGGGAGCGAGCGCGCCGCGCUGGGUGCUGCUGCUGCAUCUGCGACGCUGGAGGAUUUGGACCUUGAGGCAUACGCAGCGGGCUUGCUCAGCCCGGAGGAGCUAGAGCGUGAGAUGAUGGAAGAGGGCCUUUGA